UGCCUCAGAUCACUCCUCCUCCACCUCCUGCAUCAUCUACUUGUGCUAGCCGUACACCUCUUCAGCCACUGUUGAAGGUCACUCCACACGCCUGCCUGUUCGCCGCUGAAGCUCGCUCCCCCGACCACUUCACCUUUGUCACUUGCCACAAAAAAAGUGAGUAAAUGGACUGCCAUACUUUAUAGUGCUGCGUCAAAAGAGGCGGAGUGGAGGAGUAAAUUGAAUUUUUUGGGGACCGGCAUCAGGGGGGGUGGGAACGUGACGUGCUGGAGGGAGGAGGCCAGCCAUUGGCCGAGCCCGGUGUCAGUCCCGCACGCUGCUGCAGACGGACAAGCGACUCGAUGAAUAUGGAUGAGAGCAGUGAAAAGGGUGAUGCGGCAGGGAAGACCCCCCCCCCCUUCAAACCGAUGCAGGCUUGAACAAUGCGUGCCGUCUUUCACUGAAAACACUGAGAGCCCGCAUUAGCAUUUUCCCAGACAAUUGAGGCUCUGGCCAGCUGCAGGCAUGGCUCGGAUGCUGCGCUGAAACCUCUUCUUCUGCGCCCACCGAUGAAUUAGAACAGCGGCGGAAAAAAGUCGACUGGCCGCAUUCCUCAACACUUCCAUUGCACCUAUGCCUAGGCUACCGUUCACAUCCCGUUCAGAGAUUGUGCCCCGGCAUUGAUGGCGAUCUGACAGAGGACUUGAGAAGCAGCAGAUCUCACAAUGGAGGAGGGCGAGUACUUCCUGAAGGUGCUGAUCCCCAGCUAUGCAGCCGGCUCUAUAAUCGGCAAGGGAGGCCAGACCAUCGUACAACUGCAGAAAGAGACGGGGGCCACCAUUAAGCUGUCCAAAUCCAAAGACUUCUACCCUGGAACAACAGAACGCGUCUGUCUGAUACAGGGUACAGUCGAGGCUCUCAAUGGUGUCCAUAACUUUAUCGCGGAGAAAGUCCGCGAGAUGCCCCAGAGCGCCCAGAAACCCGAGCCGGUGAGCAUACUGCAGCCACAGACCACCGUCAACCCAGACCGCGUCAAACAGGCCAAAUUGAUAGUGCCCAAUAGCACUGCUGGGCUGAUCAUUGGGAAGGGCGGAGCCACGGUCAAGGCGGUGAUGGAGCAGUCAGGGGCUUGGGUGCAGCUCUCUCAGAAGCCAGAGGGCAUCAACCUGCAAGAGCGGGUGGUGACCAUCAGUGGGGAGCCAGAACAGAACCGCAAGGCCGUGGAGAUCAUAGUGCAGAAGAUCCAGGAGGACCCUCAAAGCAGCAGCUGCCUCAACAUCAGCUAUUCCAACGUCUCGGGCCCCGUAGCCAACUCCAAUCCCACCGGCUCCCCAUAUGCCAAUACGGCCGAGGUGCUGCCCAAUGCAGCCGCAGCAGCCGCCACCGCCUCCAGCCUUCUGGGCCAAGCCGGCUUGACGGGAAUGGGCGGCUUCCCCGCAACCAUGUCCAGCUUCUCUGGCAACGAUCUGCUGGCCAUCACCUCUGCCCUCAACACGCUGGCCAGCUACGGCUACAACACUAACACCCUAGGCCUGGGCCUCAACCCUGCAGCGGCUUCUGGGGUGCUAGCUGCGGUAGCAGCAAGCGCCAACCCGGCCGCUGCCGCCGCAGCCAACCUGCUGGCCUCCUACGCUAGUGAUGCCUCUGGCAGUGCCAGCCACCAUGCUGCAGGCCUCGGGGGGUUCUCACUUGGUUCUCUAGCAGCUGCCACAGGGGCUUCAAAUGGUUACCUAAAUGCUUCAUCCCCACUGAUGGCCUCCUCCCUAUUGGCAACAGAGAAGCUGGGGGACGGCGCCAAGGACGUGGUUGAGAUCGCUGUGCCCGAGAAUCUGGUCGGCGCCAUUUUGGGGAAAGGAGGGAAAACGCUGGUGGAGUACCAGGAGCUAACGGGAGCCCGCAUCCAGAUCUCCAAAAAAGGAGAAUUCAUCCCUGGCACUCGGAACCGUAAAGUUACCAUAACAGGGUCUCCAGCCGCUACGCAAGCAGCGCAGUAUCUCAUCAGCCAACGGAUCACUUACGAGCAGGGCGUGCGCGCUACCAACCCACAAAAGGUGGGCUAAAAGGAAAAAGAAGAGGAAAGAAGGAAAGGAUGAAGACCGAGAUAGAAGGAAAUUGAGAGGGUCACGAUGGAUAGAAAAAAGAAACGUCCAAAUAUCUGUUCAAUAUUUCCGUAUCAAAUGAAAGAAUCACAAAAGGAGGAGGUGGGGGAGACAACCAAGAUAAGUGUGUGUGAUAUGUGAAUGUGUUUUUAGGACUGACGUCCUGAUGUUUUUUAAAAGUUUGUGUAGAGUCCUUUUGACGAUGGUGAUCAGAGUAAGCUGAACUGGUCCACUGCCAAGCUGCAGAUUCAAGGGUGAGGCCGCAGGGUUUCACCCUCCUCUAAAACCUCAUUGCUGUUGUUUUUCUUUCUGGCUUUCGCUGGUUUUUAAUUUCAGACGCAAACCUCAGCUCCCGGUGAGUUGAACGAGUCGGGUGAUGCUUCAGCUGUUUUACAAACCUUGCUCUUUGUGUACAAUGCGGAUGGCGUUGUGAACAGGGGUGAGGUUUUAUCACAAGCACCUGAGGUCACCUCCGUCUGCGGGGAAGCAAUCUGCGCAUUUCUUUAAAGAAGUCGUAUCGUUGACGUCUGUUGAAUUCUGGCUCACAUUAUAAUUGAAGUUUCUAAAUUUGGGUAUUUUAUAUUUCCAUCUUUAAUUUAUUGACAUGGUCUCAUUCAAACACAAGUAGAUUAUUUAAACCUGUGAAUGCAGGUUGAUCUGAAUGUAAAAACAAUAUUAGCCUAUUGCUAUUUUUUAUUUACAGGGAUCAAAUAUUGUGUUGCAGUGAAAGAAAUGUAUUACAAAAAAAGAUACCUGGCCUGCACUUCACUGCUGCUGAGUAUAGUUCAGGGGUUGAAUAAUCCAUGUGAGAGGACAGAGGGGACACACAGGAAUGUAUGAAUAUAUAUUUUACACGAAACACAUCCUCGAUGAUGCUCCCACAAAAAACGGAAGCACAUUUGCAUAUUCAGUCACAGCUACUAACAAGGAAAUAUGUUGUUUGACCCUUUCUUGGUGCUAUAGGAUUAGGUUUAUAUCUCCUUAUACCAUGAAAUUAGAACCCCUGGCGACUAUUAAACUAAAAACAGCUGAUGUGUCGUCCAGCCGUUAACAGCCCAUUGGAUUUCAUCCAGCCUCUCACCAAAUGAAAGGGAUUCAUUUCAGCCCGUCACGACAAAAAGCAACCCAGUCUUAAUAUCUCCAGUCCAUCCUCCAUCCCAAUGCAGUUUUUAUUUUCCUAAUCUUCAAAAAAUUGACCACACUCCUCAUUCAGUUUUCCUGACGAUACGUUUGCCUUAGUCACACAUUUCCCAAGAAUUGACUUAAAGCUCAUACUACCUUCAAGCAGUGUCUCACAAGUUCAGUCUGAACUACAAAUGCGUUUUGAUAAGAAAAGCUGUAUGAACCAAUAUCUGUGAACAAAGAAACGAAUGCCUUUACAUUAAGGGUACCAAAUAGUCAAGAGACACACACUCACACACUAAUGAAAGGGAAGUAGAAUGACACUUGAAAUGAAGGGUUUGGACUCACUUUUUGUUCUGGGAGCCAUCCCUCCCAAUUUGCAUGAAGACAAAAUGAAUAAAAAAGAUCCAGUUCACCCAGGCAGCCUGUUAUCGUCCCCUAAAACACGUGAGCGCUCACUAAGUGCAGCGGUAUUCAAACGCCACGCGAUGUUUGGGCGUUGUCUUUACUGUUAAGGGCAAUCGUUAUGGACUGAUAGUCCAGAGCCUUUCCCCAAACACUCGAAGAUAAACUUGGCUUCCUUCUGUGCUGCUAUCCAUGGUGUUCAUCCUGAGUACACUGGGUCUCUGAAGACUGCACUGUGAGACAUUAAGAACACAUGUAAAGCGUGUCUGUGCCCCCCCCUGGGACAUGAGUAUAUUUCAAUGUGCACAUCUAUGUGACGUAAACCAGACCCCACCAAUACGUGAUAUGUUAUAUUAUCCACAAGAGCAUUUAUACUCUAGCGUCUUGUGAUGUUUCUGUUUACCAGUACCAAUGCACUGAGCUUCAAUUAGCGGGCCGUUCUUUUUGGUUUUGUUUCCUGAUCAGCGAACGUCAAAAUACUUUGUGUUACGUCCACGCUCUAAAGACAUCUUUCGAUUGUCCCCAUCAACCCACGCUCUAUGACCAGCUUCCUGAAUACACGGCUGUGAGGGGUGUCCCAAGAAAUUCAGAACCUCUCUCUCUCUCCUAUUUGCCUUUUCAUUUUCAUAAUUCACGUUCAAAGAUAAAUGGACUUGAGCCGAGCCUUUGUGUCGGAACAUUGCGACACUGAGCCCUUUCUCCCAAAACGCUCCUUCCACCCCGUGUCCUGGAAGGCUGCUCUGCUCAUCCAUAACUACAAUCUGGCCACCAUUGAAACCAUAGCGGACGGAUUACCUUUUACUGCCCAAGACUUUUGGCAUAUAAUAACAUAUAAGCACAAAAACAAGGGAAUGUUUUAUCAAUGCAACUGGGCUGCAUGGGGGGCUGGGGGGGGGCUCUCCGAUCAUGAUAUUGUGCCAAAUGCCAUUUCUCUGUGCCCUCUCAUUGACCUUCCUCUUUCUCUCUACAUUCUUAUUCCCCUGCAUGAUGCUGUUUGUCACCGAGCCGAGACUCCUCCUGUGACCCGAUGUGUCUGAGCUUCUUCCUACACUUUACUCUCCCCCCCCCCCCCCCCCCCCCCCCCAACUUCUAGUCUUCUCAUGGGUGGCACGCUGGCGGUGGGAGUUAUGCACUAUAGGUCAUAAGGGUAUGAAAAUAUUUUCCCAAGCCGUAGAGUUCACAAGGCUAAAAAUGCACAGAAAACACCUGCCUCUGAAACUGUGACACCCACGAGACCAACCAGCAAACGUUAGCUCAAAGUAUCACAUUUCCUCGAUAGAAAAAAAACAAGCGUUUAGACCGUAAACUAUUGGCCUUUUAAGGGAAGUGUUGUUGUUUCUUUUCUUUUUCACAAGAAGACAAAUUAGACAUUAACAUGUGGCUGAACAGACUGACCUCCAGUCUCCAGUCACUCAAAACAAAGCGCAGUAAGGAACGGAACAUCUAAGAUGGCGCGAGAAGCGUGUUUGUGACCUCAAGCUGAAAACAAUGACAUCCUUUAUGCAUAUCCUCUUAUCUGAAAAAUGACUACAAUUCAUUUCUGUGGAAAUACAAUAUGUCAUGUCAUAUGAUCUAUAUGUACUUUAUUGUAGCUAUUCUAGUUUGUAGUCCAAAUGCAGUCCAGCGUUGUCGAUACAAUGUGAACUAUGUUAUAUUUGUGUGGAUGAUGAGAGUGCCAACUAAGCCUGAUUAAGAUUAGCUCCGCGAUUUGUUUGUGCAUUAUGAUGACUCAUCAUCAACCGGUGGUGUCCAUAUUUCUGUCAUGAUUUAGUUUGACAGUAAGAAAAUGUAAAGAAUAUUGGAAGCAAUAUAGUAGCAUGUUGUCCUGUUUUGUGUUCAAUGUCUGUUGUAUGAACCUUUGAAAUUACUAAAAUUUUGAAUGAAUAGGUUUACAUGUACUUUUUGUAAGUUAUGAAAAUGCUGCUAUUUGAUAAGUAAACUAUACAAAAAUAUUUUAGUUGAAAAGAUGUCUGGUCUGUUGAUUAGAAACGUGCUCUAAAAGGCUGGAGCAUAAAACGAGGUGUAUAGAAUGCUAUACAGUAUUGGUAAGAUAGUAAAGUAAUAAUAGACUCCAUAGUACAACCUGUGCCAAACUAGACCUCCGCAGCUGAAAAGUGUAGAUGUGUGAUCAAAUGUUAGAUAACUUGUUUAGAAGUGCUGAUCAAGUGCCAAUCAAACACUGUCUUUUAAGUUAAGAAAAAGAUAAUCAAAUACAUGACUUAAGAAAAGCAAAGGACAAAGAACCUUUUUGUGCAUUGUUUUAUCCCAUAGGUACAUAGACUAAGAGUUAAAGAUUGUGAUUUUUAUGGAUCCAUGUUGUUUUACACUUCAUGCAUCCCUUGUGUGUUUGUUUGACCUGUGGCUUAAGUACUGCUAUAUCACAAAAUGUCUCUAUAGGCCAGCAUGGACUGAAGCAUAACAUGUUAUAAGCAUUCAUAACAUACCAUUAACAAAUCAAAAAUGUGUUUGUGGAGUUAGGUGUUAUCUUUUUGCACGUCUUCUAUUGCAUGGUAUCAAAGUAAAUUAUGGAGAAAAAAAGCUACAAAAAUCUGCGAGGUGUCUCUCGCAAACAUUCAAAGACAUAACGCUGCAUGCGGUCAAAUGUAAAGCACUUAAGUUUACUCGCCUCAUGUUGAAAAAAAAGAGUUGUUUUUUAUGUUGUGAGUUGGGAGGGAGAUCAUUAUUGUCAUGUUGGCCCAAAUAAAAAGACACACACAUCCACAUCU